AUGUAUCAGUUGCAAAAUCGUUCGCCCCCAACUGCACCACCAAGAGCGACAUCUCCAUCUCGAUCACAUGCACGUAGUAAUGUGGAUUCGUGUCAUCAAGAUAUGACGGCAGAAAGGCGAGUGAGUGGUGCGGAUAUGUCGUAUAUAUUCCGUGAAUAUAGCGGUCGUUUGAAACUCUACUAUUGGGAAACUGCACAAAACCAAAAAGGUGAUCAAUCGAUUUUCGGUUCAUUCAAAUUGGAGCGUACAUAA